AACAAUUCGUCGUCAUUCGUCGGAAUCAUUCGAACUUUGAAAAUGGAUCGGUAGCUGGGAAGGAAACUUAAAGCGAAAUACGCAAAGAAAACGGCUUUUGUCCGCUAUUCAGCGAUUUUUUUUGUGUUGUAAUCAGCAGAGGAAAUUUUAACGACCAACUCCACCGCCACACCAGCCCCAAAAAAUAAAAUAGAACUACCUUUGCACCACCAUCACCACUACUACAGCCAUCUCAACUACAACUACAACAACAGCAGCAACACAGCAAUAGCACCACUGCACAGCCAAGCCCACAAAGAGAAGGUGAAACGCAAAAAAACAAAAAACACACAAAAUAGCGCAGAAAAUAAAACCAAGUCAGAUAACCGAAAAAAAGCGGUGCAAAUAGAUAAACCCCAUUUUUUGCUUGAGCUUUUUUCGCCUGUGUGAUGAGAGAAAUCAGCAGCAGCCAUCGAUUACAACAACAGCAGCAACACCAACGACGACGACGACUCAACCACCAAACUUGACCAACGAAGAAUAAAUAAACGGCGGAGAGAGAUAGAGGGAGAGAGAGCGCGCGCGAGGAGAGAGAGGAGCAUCUGCAGCAGAAUUGAAUCAGUUUUUUCAUCAACCGCCGCAAUUCUUGGCAAUUGGAUUAAAAACUAGAGGAGAAGAACAAAAACGGAAAACAAAAAACAUCCCAUAGGCGGCCACCAUUUUGAAUGAGCUGAACAAGAAGAGAGGAAGAGCGAGAGAGCGAGAAACUGCUGUUCAUUUGUUGCACUACGCACUGCAGCUGGCCGCGGCGUAACCGUAAACCCUUUUCCAGCUUGGAAGCACUCUACCUGUCUCCCUCUAAUCGCGUCCAGGAGCACCGUACAGUCCAACAACAACAACACCACUACCACCAACAGCCACAACAUGGUGGAGCUGGAGGAGCACAAGUCCGGGACAGCUGCCUCUGCUGCCAAUGCAAGCAACAACAACAACAACAAUCACCCCCGUGGAUCUGGGGACAGCGGCAUCCGGAGUGGCAGCGGCAUUUCCUGCAGCAACACGGACAACAGCUGCAGCCAGAGUCAGUCAGACGGACAGAAUGAGCUGACGCGCUACAGCAGCGAGGAUGUGUCGGGCAAUGAGUCCAGCGAGGCGCCCAACAUGACCGAGGUGGAACGCCAGGCGGAGCUUAACAGGCACAAGGAGGAGAUGCAGAAGAAGCGGCGCAAGAAACGCAUCAGUUCCUCUCUACAUUCGUCAACCUUUCAGGAGCUGUACAAGCUGACUGGCGAGAUUCUUGGCGAGGGAGCCUACGCAUCGGUGCAAACUUGCGUUAACAUCUACACCGAUCUGGAGUACGCCGUGAAGGUGAUCGAUAAGAUACCGGGACAUGCGCGUGCACGUGUAUUUCGCGAAGUGGAGACAUUCCAUCACUGCCAGGGCCAUUUGGGCAUCUUGCAACUGAUCGAAUUCUUCGAGGAUGACGAAAAGUUCUACCUGGUAUUCGAGAAGAUCAACGGUGGUCCAUUGCUAACGCGCAUUCAGGAGCACAUUUGCUUUUCUGAGCACGAGGCUUCGCAGAUAAUCAAGGAGAUCGCCUCCGGACUCGAUUUUCUGCACAAGAAGGGCAUUGCCCAUCGUGAUCUCAAGCCGGAGAAUAUUUUGUGUGUCAAGACGGAUUCGCUGUGCCCAAUCAAGAUUUGCGACUUUGAUUUGGGUUCGGGGAUUAAGUUCACCACGGAUAUCUCGUCGCCAGCAGCCACUCCCCAGUUAUUGACACCAGUUGGCAGUGCCGAGUUUAUGGCUCCGGAAGUGGUCGAUUUGUUUGUGGGCGAGGCACACUAUUACGAUAAGAGGUGCGAUUUGUGGUCCUUGGGAGUCAUUGCUUACAUCUUGCUCUGCGGCUAUCCGCCAUUUUCGGGCAACUGUGGUGAGGAUUGCGGCUGGAAUCGCGGUGAAAACUGUCGCACGUGCCAGGAGCUGCUUUUCGAGUCCAUUCAAGAAGGACACUUUUCUUUCCCGGAGGCCGAGUGGCACGAUGUCAGCGAUGAGGCCAAGGAUCUAAUUUCUAACCUGCUCGUCAAGCAGGCUGCAAAACGCCUCAGCGCCGAGGCAGUGUUGAAUCACCCUUGGAUUCGUAUGUGCGAGCACGAGCCACCGGCCAACAAGCAUGCCAGGCGCCACAAGGCUCUGCAAACGCCCAGUAACAUCCGACGCAAUCACCAGUCGGCAAGGGAAAUCUCGCAGUUUGCCGAAUCUGCCAUGGCCGUCAAGCGCGUGGUCCUACAGCAUUUCUCGAUGCGCUACGAUUAUAUGAAAGAGCGUCCCAAUAUCUACCAGCCAUCGCAGGCCUACAUGGACGCCUAUAGCGAUGAAAACUACAAUCCCAAGCCGCCGGGCCAUUACACUCGCAAUCGCUCGCAGCGCAAUCCCGCUGCCUCCUUGUGCAGCUACGGAGGGCGUAUGUCCUCAAUGCACGGCCAGCGGGCUAAUAGCCGUCAGUCUUCCCGAAAUGCUUCUCGCAAUGCAUCUGCAAUUUAUCCGAAUAGCGGGGGCUUUAAGACUUUGAAUGUUCAUGAGGAAGAUGACGACGAUGAAGCUCUCGAGGCAUUUGGCCGCAUCGACGAUGAUGAUGACGAUGAGUGGGCGAGGUCAACGAGGGAAUAUCAGCAGCGGCGUGAGAUGCAACAGCGCCAGGAGGCGCUUAGCGAGGAUCACUAUAGGCGUCAGAGCGGAAGCGAGGGCGACGAUGUGGAAGAUGAGGAUGGAGAGAAUGAGGACUAUCAGCACUAUAAGCAUUAUUGGCGCGAAUUGGACGAGGACGAGGGCGACGACUAUUUGUAUGAGCAGCAGCAGCGCGUCGAUGAUAUAGUCGAGGAGGAGGAGUUCGAGGAUGAACCAAAGGAGGAAACUCAAGCUGACAAUCUAAAGCUAACGAAAGCUUACGUGGAGCAAGUUGGCGAGACCAAUGUGGAGAAAUCGAAGCCACAGGACGAUAACGGUGGGUAUAUAAGGGAGGACCUUAUUAUGGAUAAUAUGGAUUUGGAGGAAAAAACUCAGCAAAGCGAAUUUGCUAAGCUCACCAUAAUGCGCAAAGAUGCGCAGAAGGAGGAGAAUGAGAUAAUGCAGCAGCAUGAUGAGGAGAAGAAGGAGGAAAUACAGCAGGAUGAUGUUGAUGGGGCUAAGAAGCAAGGACCAUCAAGUGAUAUUAGUGCUACUACCAUCACCGAUAAUAACAAGCAGCAAACACCAGUUAUGACUACUACACACAUUAACAACUGGCAAACUGGCGAUGCAAUUGAAGAUGAUGAUGUUAAACUAUUGGAUAGUAUUAGUGAUUUAAAUGAAAAGCUACCUGAAAUUUAUGAGACUGCAAAUAUUGUUGUCAACUCAGCGGCAGUGCCAGCAGCAUCGACACCAGCAGCAUCAGCAACACGCCCACCAACAGAUAACCCAGCGGAAGAUGAUUCGAACGUAAUCAAACCGACAACUGCUGCUGAGGGGACAACAAUGCGAACGACUUUUGGCCAGGCAGCUGAAGAAGAAAAGCCUGUAGCCCAAUCCCACACCGCUGGUCACCACAGCAAGACCGGCCGCACUGUUAACUUUGCCCCCGAUGCAUAUCAGAACGACGAGGAUGCCGAUAUCGAUGAGGACGACGACUACGACGAGGAUGAGGAGGAGGAUCUGCACGAGCACAGCAAGCAACAGCUGCCUUCCAAUGCCUACACUCGGAAGCAGCGACAGAUGCACCAGCGGUACAUUGUGCCACGCUACCAGCCUGCGGAUCACGUUCCUCAGAGGCAGCACACAGAAAACUGGCGUUAUCGCACCCAUCACUCGCAGGAGCAGCAGCCGACAGCGGACUAUCGCAAGUAUCGCCCGCCGUUUAGCACCGGAGGCGGAGGUGGCCACCAUGGCAACCAGCAGCGCAAUUACUUGGGGAGCUUCUCGCACAGCGGCGGUGCCGCUGGUUACAAGAUUGCUCCAAUGGCGCCACCAAUGCAGCCGCCUCCGCGGCACAACAGCGCCGGAAGCAGUGGCAGUGGCAGCGGCAGCGGCGGAUCUCCGCCAUCUGAUGAGCAGUCGAACAUUCGUAAUUGGCGUCAGGAUUGUGUUUACGCCCGCAGUUGCGGCAUGAACCAGGGGCCGGAACAGCAGCGGCACAACCGUUCGUCGGGCCAGCGUGUCCCGCAGCAACCGCGGAUUGGCAGUGGGCGCUUCGCACACCUGCAGGCGACCCAAUUGAUGGAUGAGUUGCCUGAUAUGAGGAUUGGCCUUUCGCCGCCGAGCGAGAGUGUGCUGCUCCAACGGCGCCUACGCCAGCAACAGCGGGCCAACGAUUUGUCCGAGUACUGCGAACCGGCCACCGCCAGUGGUUAGGCCAAGUCGGUCCAUUUUGGAUAGAUAACUCUGUUUUUCACGCACAUUCUCUAAAAACCAACUUUCCAGUUCUAUGAUUCUUUUUGGUGCAACUUUUCAACAACUAACGUUUCAAGCAAAAGUGUACGCAAACUAUUUAAAUUCAAAUAAUUCCGCCACUGCAAACAGAGUUAACAAAAAAACCCAAAAAAAAAAAAAAUAAUAAUAAUAAAGUGAUGAAUUCAUGUGGUAGGAGAAAGGGACUGCAGAGUGGAAACACACAGAAGCCGAGGGAAAUUGAGAGUGGCAAAUGUCUACGCUGUUUUGAAGCAAGCCAAACAGUCGUUCGAGAUGAAAACAACAGAAAACAAAUACCUUUUUUUAUAAAAAAGAUUCGAAAAAUUGUAAUUUAUAUUGCAGUAUAAUUUUUUAUUAUGAAAAAUAAAAACGAAUACGAAAAGUGUUUGGUCAAGAGAUGCAUAAAACCCUUACGACUCUUCUGUUUUGGUGAAAUUGCUUAAAUACUAAGUACUCUAAAAAAAUUUUUCCAUGCCUCUUGAGUCAAAAUGAUGAUAAUUUUUGAACGCCCGGUCCAAAUACCAACAUGUACAACAAAUGAAAAUUGUUAAUAUUUGUAUAGUAUGUUUUUAUUUCUCAUGACAAAAAUUGUUAUAGGAAAGGAUAAACGGGCAGCAACAAUAAGUUGAGUUUACAAAGUUAAUUAAAUUGUCAAAAUUUCGAGUGGCUCGCCAAUUCGUUGGAAUCGAAAUUUACACUUAAAAAUCAAGCACUGUUAAUAUUAUUUCGAAAAAAUUGACAUGUACGCAAGAUAAACUGCAAUAUAAAUGCAAUUUUGUUUACAGCUUACAGUUUUGUACGCGUAUAUGCCAAUUACUUGGAAAUAGUUUACCAGUGUACAGUUCAUUAUUUCAAAAACUAUUGAAACAUAUUAAUUAAGCCCCAGUACUCCUCUACACUGACACCCACACACACACUAAGGCCAACUACACUGGGCCAAAAUCUAACGAACUCUUGACAUUGCAAGUUGCUCAACAUUUUUUGAUGGGCGUAAAUGAAAGCAUAGCAUGCAAACCAAUUUUGUUAAAUACAUACACCUAUAAUAUUUAAAAAAUUGUGAUAUAAAAUGUAAAUGUAAAUGCACCUGAAGAAAUCUAUCUAUCAAAUGUCGCUGUGCCAUCAACAACCACUUCAAUCUACUGAUAAGGCCGCCAGAGAAGGAACCUUUUCCACAGUCCUUAUUUGUUUACGUCCCACGAAAUCAAUGUCAAGUGCAUACACACCGAUACUUCUAUUUUUCCAACCAACAGCAACUUAUACGAAAAACUUCCAAAAAAAAAAAAACAAAAACAAAAUAAAAGAAAAUUCAAACUGACAACAAAACAAUUCAAUGCAGACAAGUAUAAAAUGAUAAAUGAUUGUUCAUAAUUUUAGCUCAAAACGUAGCUGACAAAAAAAAGUUGCCAAUGGCUUCGUUUUGAGAUUGGUUAAAGUUUUGAACAUUUGCUAAUAAUAACGACAGCGUCCAAUUAAUUUAAACUAUGCAUGCAAUGGAUUCCUACAGAAGCAAUCAAAGUUGCACUGAAACUGAAGUAUUGAAGUGGAAACUAUCGCUUUCGUUUUCUUUGUAAAACUGUGAGGAAUGUUUCGCAACGAAACAAAAAAAUAAUAAUAACUAUGAGUUAAAUUUACAAGCAGCGCUGCUUAAAAUCCGAUACAACUACACUCAAACAAACAGCACCUUGGUUUAGAAAAUGUCCGUUAAGCCAAUGGUUAAACUUAAGUCGUUACACUGUCGUUACAGCGCUGUUUUCGAGAAGUGAAGAACACCAACGAUAAUGCGGAGGAAGUCCUGCAGAUAAUUGAUUAGCUGACCGAUUUAAUCAAGGAACAUUUGUAUGAAGAGAAUUGGUUUUAAACGAAAAGCGAAGAGAAAAGAAUACAAAGCCAGCAAUAAACGAAAGAGUAGAUAUUGUUUUAUACAUAUAAAAACUCAAUAAAAACGCAAAAUACAUACAA